UGAAGCAAUUUAGUGUAUUGAUGAAAAAUAUUUUUGAAAUUAAAGCCCAGAAUUGUCGAAUCAUCUCUAACCAAGAGCGUAUAUUUAAUCAAUUAGCAGCCAAUGGUAAUAAUUGCCCUGAUAAGUCACUUGAAAAUGAACAUUCUAUCCAUUACAAAAAAUUUCCAUUAAAAGACAAUGACGAUCUGGAUUAUAUUGAAGGCCUUCUUAAUGAUGAUUCAUUUUACCAAUACUUGUCAAAAAUUAUUUCGAUGUAUGGAGGAUCAGAUAUUGGUACUUUUGUAAAAAUCUGUUUGGACAAUUUAUUUACAAACUCUUUAGGAACAAAUAUCACAAUAACCGGUAAAAUAAAUAAAUGUUUUGGAAAUGAACCUAAACUGUCAAUAAAAACAUUAAAAUUAUUUCGUGUUAUUUGUGAAACUGGAAGAAAGAAAUUUCCCAAUAACUAUAUGGAUGAUAUUGUUAUUAAAACAACUAGUAGUUGGCUACGCCAUUCAAAAGAAAGGAUGAAAAGAAAAGAGGCUAAUGCCUAAGAAGUU